AUGACGAGUCUAAAAUUAUCACUCGCCCCUCCCGCUUUGGUACGACUACACGAUGCGUUGACCUGUCUGGCUAAAUUCAGCGACACCGUCGCCAUCGAAGCCGAGCACGACCUGCUGCGACUAAGUGCCCUUAAUUCGACGAAGACGGCAUUUGCAUCUUUUGGGGAGCAGGCCGUGUUUACGAGUUUCACGACUAAGAUUACAGAGGGGAAAGAAAUUCUAAAACACCCAGUCCAUACAUCCGUCGCUGCAGAUAAGAGAGAUUUCGAAGAAUACCUCGUCGAAGACAACAUGCACGUUGCUAUAAAUUUAAAAGAUUUCAAAGCCGUCGUCUCCCACGCCGAGACAGCAAAUGCUACUGUAACAGCCCGAUAUACUCGACCAUGCAAACCACUUCAACUCGCCUACGAGUUCGAAGGCGUCAGUGCAGAAUUCACAAUAAUGACACGGGGCGAGACAGAGAACGAGGAAGCACCAUCUUCGUCACGGGCGACUAUUCCACAGCUCUCAAGACGGACUCAAGCUGCGCCAACGCCUACUCCUGCCCCUGUACCGAUUUCAGUGAGGAGUGAAUCUUUUCGUGCGACGCAGAAUUCGCAGAUGCCUCCGCCUCCGUCACGGAGUAGAUCUAUUAGGCCGUUGAAUGGGUCUUCGACGCAGCAGCAUCUUUCGCAGACGCCUGUGGUGGAGAAGAUGGAGCAGAAACAGGAACAAGAACAGGAACAGGGACUUACGGGGUCGGCGUCUAUAGAGUUUGAUAGUCUUUUUGUUCCGCAGGAUGAUGAUAGGCAGUGGGAUGAGAUGAAUGAUGAGGAAGAGCCGCAGGAUAUUCUGGGUUGGGAUGCGACGGGUGGACAGGAUACAUUCGAGGGAUCACUUCGUGAUGCGGAGCCGGAUUUCCCUAAGACAACGAUAUCUCACAAGCCACCGCAGGAUGAUAUGGGCAUUCCACCCACACAACGCAUGUCACAGGUCCGAGGACUCGGUCUCUUCGACUAA